UGCAUGCAAAGUCCUUUUUCUGUCUCUGGUUUCUGGCCCCUUGACUGCAGAGAUGGCUCCCAAUGCUUCAUGCCUCUGUGUGCAUGUCCGUUCCGAGGAAGGGGAUUUAAUGACCUUUGAUGCCAACCCAGAUGACAGCGUGAAAAAAAUCAAAGAACAUGUCCGGUCUAAGACCAAGGUUCCUGUGCAGGACCAGGUUCUUUUGCUGGGCUCCAAGAUCCUAAAGCCACGGAGAAGCCUCUCAUCUUAUGGCACUGACAAAGAGAAGACCAUCCACCUUACCCUGAAAGUGGUGAAGCCCAGUGAUGAGGAGCUGCCCUUGUUUCUUGUGGAGUCAGGUGAUGAGGGACAGAGGCACCUCCUCCAGGUGCGAAGGUCCAGCUCAGUGGCACAAGUAAAAGCAAUGAUUGAGACUAAGACGGGUGUAACCCCUGAGACCCAGAUUGUGACUUGCAAUGGAAAGAGACUGGAAGAUGGGAAGAUGAUGGCAGAUUAUGGCAUCAGAAAGGGCAACUUACUCUUCCUGGCAUCUUAUGGUAUUGGAGGGUGA